CUCUUCGCGGGUGUUCAUUCGCGUGUCAGACGUGCUUGAGGUAGGACGCGCGUCUCUACGUUCCACCUCGUGUAAUCUUCUCUCUCUUUCCCUCUCUGUCGAGGUUGAAGAAGGCCAACGUGUCUGUUCCACGUGCGCGACGCAUCGACACGACGCGCCUUCGCUUCUUCAGCCCGUUUCCGCAUUAGCGAAGACUCACGUGUGACGAUCGCGUCUAUCUCGUUCAUUUUGCUGCCUUGCAUCACAGGAUUUGUUUCUCUUCGGUCCGCGAGGAUAGUUGAAGUGGGAAUGAUGUAGCGGAAUACCGGUGGUCUCAGCCUUGAGAACGUCCAAACACGCAACCUGACUCUACGAAUAAGACACCGGUGAACAAGCAGCGACUUUUUCGAAAGAAACCGGAUGCUCCAGUUCGCCUGGAAAACGUCGAAACGACAGCGAACGAGUAGAAACAAAGAAUUCUGUCAAAGCAUACGGUGAAGAACGAAGGAUCAAACAUGAUGACUCGUAUGCUGCUGCAAGAACCUGGAUGGAAGAUCGAGCGCAAAGGUUCAGCGUUGUUGCUUCGAAGGGACAGCUCGCAUCUGAAGAGCGGUCGAGUCUGUUUCCGGUGCGACGUCGAAGUCCAUGAAUUCGAGCGUGACGAGGAUUACACGAUCGAGGCGGAACCGGAGGCAGCUGCCAGUCCGCUGGCAAUGUGUGCCAGUUGCUUGGCGGCUCUUUGCGUGACCGUGAUUCUACCAUGGCUGUUAAUCGGUGGUUAAACACGCCUCUACGAACUGACGAUUUUGGGGGGGGGGUGGUGUUGGGCGAUCGUAUAACCUCUGGAAACGGAAGUCGUCCGAGGAUUCCUCAAAGAUGAUGGAACAAUUGCUUGACGCGUAGGUCGAACACAGAGAGAUCGUUGACUACGAAAGGUCUGUUGGAAUCGCUGAUAGAUGGAAGACGAAGAGGAUCAGGUGGAUUUCAGCAUUCGUUGAAGAGAUUCUCAUCGAGAGACUCGACAUGGAAAUGGAUAAAGUUCCUAAACGUGGUAGUUUCGUUAAAACGAGAGUUGCCAGUUUAUACAUUGACGAUGUAUGUAAUUAUUUAUACGAUCGGUAUGAUUUCCUUGAAACGAAAGAAACACGAAGGAAUUUCUGAAUCGUGAAAUGCCUUUGGCGUUUCUUUCUCCGAAAGAAAAAAGUAUUUUUGAACGAGAGCGACUAAACCUCGUCUCUAAAACACUCUACGACUUUAUGUUUAUUCGUUGAUCUUUGUCGUUUGCUUUAAGUUUCCGUUCCGUAACGAGAAACACGACAGAAACGCGGCCUUUAGAUGGACUCGCGGUUCAAGUAGAUUUUGUGCGAGUCGAGAGAAAGAAAACGGCUCGGUAUGGACGUUCUGCAUAGAUGCGGAAAACGAGAUGAAAAAAAAAAAAAAAAACACAUCAAAGGGAAAAGGGUGUAUCCGAGCGUACGUUAAACCUCCUUACUCGUUUGAUGGUAUCGACAAAUCCUCCAUGUAGUCUCUGAAACGAAGGCGAUCUUGUGCCAAACGAGAGUAGAAUACUCGAGAUAUUCGUUGAAACCUUUCGUGAUUCGCAGUCCGCUUACUUUUGCACACGCAAACACACGUUCUUUUCUCGAUACUAGCUGCAUCCCGGCCUGAACGCGCGUGCAUUCGUGUACACGUGCAUCUUCCUUUUCUUCUUCUAUCGAUGUUCCGUGUAAUAAUCGAGUCGUUACAUCUCAUUCGAACGGGAAAAUAUAAUGCACGAUACACAUCGGCCUUGUUCUCUUCCUUCGAUAUCGUUUCGAAACAAUAAUCUUACCGUUGCGUUGAGCGGAUUCCGCUUCUAUUCCGACGUCCGCGUUCGAUUCUCCGCGAUCAAUUACAUAUUUUUCGCCGGCACGGUCCGAAGACUUGGUAAAACUUACAAAGUUCUGCACGGUGCCAAGUCAGCAAAUGGAAAAGUUGGAGAACGACGAACCGGCGUCGGAUUGAGAAAUCGAGCGAAGUUUCGAACCCGUCGACUAUCGAUAACGUUACAGUCCGUUGCCUGCCGAACAAAUUUCCAGAAACCAGAGAAUCAACGGUACGUCGAAUAAAUUUCGGCUGGACGUCAUAUUGGAUCCUUGGAUCUGGAAAGAUUUUUGUUACGAUAAUAACGCGAUUUUAAAUGACACGUUGUAAAUAUUGAAGUAUCUAUAGAUGAAUUUGAAAUUGUGAAUUUGUAUUUGCGAGGAUCUUUAAGGGGGUAUUCUGAUCUAGAGGCAUGAAUUUCGGGCGAUUUUUCAAGCUCUGUACAAGCGAAACAAAAGAUAUUUUUGCUAUUCUUCUUUUUAGCAUUUGUUUAUUGAUAUUUCGAGAUUACGUAAAAAAUUCACCGAGAAAAACUCAAUAUUUAAAAAGUUAUGAGCUGGCAAAGUGCUGCCAAAAAAAUGGGAUGUCGUGGCGUGCAUGAUAUCAACCCUUCUGGUCAUCCGAAACAAAAAAUGCGAACGGAUUCUUAAUUAGUAUGGAUGCCGUUAUCGUCUGAACCUUGGAAAAGUCAAUACAACAUUUUUUCAGAAAAUGACGGCCGUUUGGAAAAAAUUUCUUAUUUUGCACGUUUUUCUGACAAUUCCGAACGUUUAAAAAAUAGUAAUACUAAAGAUUUUGAGCUGAGCGUGAUCCGGACGAUAGAGGAGUAUAUAAGGAACAUCCAGAUCAAAUUUAAAAUAAAUCGGUUCAUUAGAACUUGAGAUAUCGUGCACGCCAACUCGAAAAAGGUAGUUUCGAGAAAAAGGCGUUUAAAGUUUUGAGACAAGUUCACUCGGACAACGUCUACCGUCUACUAUUCGUUUGUUUCGGUCAGACCGGAGCAGAUGCCGCGUCACAAAAAUGGCUGUAACGCAUAAAAUAAUUGAAAUUUUGAAAAAUCCUUUUAAGGGCAUAUUCUUGAAUGUCUAAACUUUGGAAGUAUGACAAAAAAAAAAAAUGUUUAGACCAGAAUACCCCCUUAAAUGUUUCGAAGAUCGUUGCAACCACUGGUGUUUUCGAUUAACUUAAACGAAGACUGUGGCGGUGUUCUCGCGACCAAUUUACACGAACCCCGAAUCUGCUAAUACCCAGAUUAUCACGCAGAGCGUCUUCGAUAAAUCAUCUGUGCGUACGGGUGCGGAAUUUUGAGAGCGAGAAAGAGAGCAAGAGAUUUCUAAAUAUAAACCGAUGAUUGAUCGUACGUGUAUAAAAGAGGUGUAUUCGGAGAGAACACGAAGAUACGAACGUCUGGGAUAACGUGUGAGGUUCUAUCAAACGAUUCCAAUCAAUCAGUGUAAAAUACUAUUUGUUUAUAUUUCUAAUAAAAACCUGAACGAGCUGUA